AUGCCUCCCAAAAAGAAGGCUCGCGCGUCGACCACGGCCACGCCCGUGAGCAACGACGACGCGAUGGAAGUCGACACCCCACAAGCCGCAGAUACCCCGACUGCAGCUACCACGAAUGUAGCUCAUACUGUCGAUCUAGCUUCACCGUGGACAGAUGACCAGGUCUCCAUGCUAUUCAAGGCAGUGGUGCGUUGGAAGCCAGCAGGAAUGCACAAACAUUUCCGAAUGCUCGCUAUAUCCGAGCAUCUUCGAACCAAUGGCUACGACCCCGCUGUUUACACCCACAUCCGCAUACCAGGAAUUUGGAAGAAGCUUAACGAGUUCUACAACAUGCCCCUAAUAGAUGAGCGAGAGAAUACCAUGGACUUAGUGGAGGACCCUCAUUUCGACGAUCGAUUCAAAGACUUCGAUCUGCCGUGGGAAGACUACGGAGACCUCAUUAUGCAACGAGCACUGGCAGACCCAAGCGAGGCGCCAUCGUCACCUUCGACUGCAGAAAAGUCUCCUGCCUCAACGAGGAAGCGCAAGCGCGGUGGUGCCGGCGAAGGGCCCAAAACUCGCUCUAGCACAGUUGAGGACUCGGAAGCCGAGAACGAUGGAGAUGCUGAAGAGGCUCAGUCUAGUCCGGCAGUGAAGUCGGCGCGGAGCGCACGGAGUACACGCAGCUCGAAACGGGCAGCUUCGAAGGCCAAGGCCAAGACUGAGGAAGACAAGGAAGCAGAGGCUAACGAGGGCGAGGGCGGAGAUGGAGAUGAAGAGUCCCCUGAAGAGGAGGAGGCGGCAGAGGAGGAUGACGAUAACGAGAGUGAGGAGGAGCAAGAAGAAGAACAGGAGGAGCAGGAGGCGGAGCAGGAGACGGAGGAGGAGGAGCAGCAGGAACAAGAAGCUCCAGCGGCCAGGUCCACAAGAGGUGGACCAGGAAGGGGAAGGAAGCGAGGUCGAGGCCGUGGGAGGGGACAGAUCGACUCGAAUUUCAGCAGAGCACAUCGCAUUGUUACGACGAGCAUCCUGCCUCUUGUGGAGCAGUAUGGAGAGCACUCAAAGGCUGUUUGGGAGGCGUCAAAGUUCUGGAAGCAAUUUUUCGAGGCAUCGGCAAACGUAUCGUUGUCAGGCUACGAGGAACUAGCGGCCGAUGAGGACACAACGGCCCAUGAUGAGACGACUGAGAAUGAUGAGACAUCAGCGGACUAUACGCCACGUCCGGAGGGAGCAGAAUCCCAUCAGGAUGUCUCCUACCAAGCACCGGAUGACUCACUGCUGGAUGGCGGAGACGGAGAUCUUACUGGGAGCACGCCUCGCGCACCGGCGAACAAGCCCCGGCCACAGUUCGCCAAGCUUGGCUCUCCUUAUGAAGAGCUGAAGCGCGAAAUGAAGGGUGUCGAUACUCAGGCCUCAGGUGACGACUCUGAUACCGAUAUCGUACCUCAUCAACACACCACCAGACUGCCUGACAUGUCCAUGACCCCAAGAUCUUCAUUGGGCGCCGACGAGGGAUUACGAGAUGAUGACAUUUUUUCCACCGCGCACAAGAACAAGGAUCCUCUACUUCACCGGGUCCUGGACAAGAACUACCGUAUCCAAGCAACUCCACACAAGCCCACAGGUGUCUCGCCCAUCAAAUGGAAGGUCACGGAGAAGCUUCAGCUUCAGGAGAGAGACAAGGGCAAGCAGCCAGCAUGGCAGGAUGACUCUCCACAGUCCUCUCCCGAGAUGGCCAUCCCGACACUCCGCAGCGCCGCGUUCAUGUCACCGGUGAAGUACGGCGGCGGGCGCGGCAGACGUCCUAGUGGUGCGUCUGGUGCACCGCGAACUCCCGGCGUCAGCGUUCAGACACCCGCGACUGCAAAGAAAACAAAGGAUGUCUACGCAGAUGAGGGGAAGAGAGGUAGGCAGACGGACGAGAUCACGUGGGAGAGUGAUGAGGAUGAGGACGGCCUCUAUGGUGGGAUGAGUCCACCCAAGACGAUCCAGUUCGCGCUGCCCCCUUCGAAGCUUCUGCAAACACCAGCUCGAGAGGCAAGCAAGCGGAUUGUCGAUGACAUCCUCCUGACGGCCGGGAUGGAACCUGAGGAUUCGUCUGAAUACAGCCCAACAAUCGUCAAGAUGAAUGCAAAUAUCUCGGACGACACUUUCUAG